UCCAGACGCAAACCCAAACCAAGCGAAAAAUAUCCACCGAAUCUCUUCUUUUUCCUGCUCGCGGCCGCGGCGACCGGAGGUAGGCAAGGAAGGAAUCCAAGUCGACGAUGGCGUGCCGAGCCCUCGCGCUCCGCUCCCUGCUCCUCCCCGACCCCCUCCACCACCUGACCCUCCGCGCCGCCGCGUCGGCUCCGGCGGCGCGGUCUCGCUGUGGGCGCCGCCCCCGCCGCGGCCUCCGCUGCUGGUCCAGUGAGAGCGGGGCUGGGGACCCGGGGCAGCCGCCGCAGGAGGCCGUGCUCGAGGCCAUCUCAAAGGUGGCAAUGUCUAAAGGACGGGUUGCACUCACCACAAAUAUGGUGAUAGGUGGCACUGUCAAAGAUGAUUCAGGUGAUGAAUGGCUUAAUCUAGAUCAGAAGGUGAAUUCAUAUCCCACGGAUAGAGGAUUUACAGCAAUUGGUAUUGGAGGUGAAGAUUUUGUUCAUGCAAUGGUUGAUGCUGUUGAAUCAGUUCUUCAAGAGCCAAUUCCCAAGGGCCAAGUCACUCAGAAAAUAUCUUCGAGGGGGAAAUAUGUUUCUGUAAAGAUUGGACCAAUUCGAGUUGUUUCUAGUGAGCAGGUCCAAGCUGUCUACCGCGCCAUGAGAAGAGAUAACAGGAUGAAAUACUUCUUAUGAGCUGCAGCUACGCAUUCCUUAACACAUUUUCCUCCCUGCCAGCUGGAGCUCCGUGAACUGAAGAGGAAUGGCAAUAACAUUUUUGUGACACUUUAGCCCAAAGCAGAAUUGCUCCAUUCCAGACUCCAGAUCAUGCAUACCCUAUGGCGCAACAGAAAGUUUUCCAUUACAGUGUAGUGAUCAUGUUUACUUCAUAUGUAUAUUAAAGGUGCAUGUUAUAAUUUUGUAAUUUGUGGAAACAUGUACGAAAUCUGUAUCCAUGGCAGUUUACUGGUCCCAAAUUCUCAGUACAAGUCUUUUGAGUCC